AUAUGGAGAGAAAAAAAACAGGCACAACAAUAAGCAAACAAAAAAAAUCACACAAAAAAUAGAGAAGGGGGGUGGCACUUCAAUAGUGUGAACGGAAACGAAAGUAUAGAGAAGCCAAACAAAAAAUGCUGCAGUCGCGCGAGCAGACGUCUAGUCCCUCGCGCAGAGUCGCUUAUCGGCGUUUUUUAUUUAUUUGCCAGCUGCCGAUGAGUUUUAUAACAUCCUAAAUUUACAUCAAGGUGUGGGACAGUUUUGUAGAGAGAUUACUUAUAACAUCAGCGGAAGACAGAGACUCGAGUGAAUCGCCCACUAGCUGUCUAAACUCAGCUAGAGAAGUAGCAGAUGGUGGUUGUUGUCGUUGUGAAAUGGAGUUGUCAGAGCACAUCAAGACCGCUAAUGUUGAAGAUGUUACCCUGAGAAGACCUUUCCAUCCAGCGCUCAGAGGAACCCUGUGCGUUACCAGCCACCACCUUCUGUUCUCAGACGGAAAGGAUGAAGCUUCCUGGCAACUCCUCAUUCUCCUCAAGAACAUCGAUGCCAUUGAGAAAAGUGUCGAGAUUCUUUUCGGAUACCCCAGGGCUGUGGGAUCCUCGGGGACUAUCACCAUUAAAUGUAAGGACCUGCUGGUUCUUCAGUUGGAAAUUCCUGGAAUGGAGGAAUGUCUAAACAUAGCCAGCUCUAUAGAGGCUCUUUCAUCUCUGGAGAGCGUGACAGAGAUGUAUCCCUUCUUCUACAGACCCUCACACCUUACUCUGAGCGGCCCAUGGGGCCUGUCCUCAAUGGAGCAAUAUUACAAACAAACAGAAAGGCUGUGGGACAGGUGGAGAAUCAGUACAGUCAACUCAGAUUACUCUGUAUGUCUAUCGUAUCCAUCUGCGGUCAUUGUGCCGCGUGAGGUGGACGAUGACAUGCUGAUCCGCUCAGCCAGGUUCAGACAGGGCGGCAGAUUUCCUGUGCUCUCCUACUGUCACCAUAGGAAUGGAAUGGUGAUUAUGCGAAGUAGCCAGCCUUUGACAGGAGCCAAUAAGAAGAGUUGUAAGGAGGAUGAGCUCCUUCUCCGGGCUGUGAUUGAUGGGUCAAAGCUGGGUUACAUCAUCGAUCUGCGUUCUGCCCAGCAAGCCCAGCAGGCCCGUAUGACAGGAGGAGGUUUUGAGUCUAAAUCCUGUUAUAGCGACUGGAAAAGAUUCCAUAGACACCAUGAAAGGGGUAAAGUUGUGCAGGAGAGUCUUAUUAAGCUGGUGGAAGCAUGCAGUGAUCCGUCUCACAGUGUGGACCGCUGGCUCAGUAAAUUGGAGAACUCCAAAUGGCUUUCUCAUGUUCACAGUGCGCUGUGCACUGCAGGCCUGGUGGUAGAGUGUGUGGAGAGGGACGGUCACUCUGUGCUUGUGCAUGGCUCUGAAGGGACAGACAACACGCUGCUGGUGAGCUCAUUGGCUCAACUUAUCCUAGACCCCGCAUCUAGAACUGUCACUGGCUUCCUCUGCCUGCUUGAGAGGGAAUGGAUACAGGCUGGACACCCAUUCCAGCAGCGCUGUGCUCAUUCGGCGUACUCUCAUGCCCGUCUGAAGCAGGAGUGCCCAUCCUUCCUUCUGCUGCUUGACUGUGUGUGGCAGGUGUGGCGGCAGUUUCCUCUGGCACUGGAAUUUAGUGAGGCUCUGCUGCUGCGACUGGCACAAGAGGUUUACGCUUCUAACUAUGGAACCUUCCUGUGUAACAGCGAGCAGGAGAGAUGUGCUGCAGGAGUGAAGGAGAACACACACUGUUUGUUUCAGUCCCUAUUAAGGCCUGAUAUUGAGGAGCAGUACCUCAACCCACUGUACGAACCCACUGAUUUGGUCAUUUGGCCCUCAGUACAUCCUCAGUCCUUACAGCUAUGGACAGGCCUGUUCCUCAGGUGGACUGAGUAUGCUCAGAACAUGGAGGAAGCUCGAGAAGAGGUGUGGAGCAUUGUGAAAGAGCACCGUGAACAAGCUGGACCUGACCGGACCAAUAACAUGCUUAGUACACACUGUGACACCUUGACCCCAUUUGAGAACCUCAUGGAUGAACUGACUAUCUUGUGACCUCAUGGUAGAAAGGACAUUGUAGAGCCUGUUAUUACUGUGCCUUUCUUGGCAAGUCUGAUGAAAUUAGUGUCACCGCCAAUCAGAUAUACCGUCAAUUAAUGAGCUUUUAGGUAUAAAGUAAUUUACGAAAGCUUUCAUUAUAGAAUAAUAAUCAGACGUACUGGCAUUACAUCCUUCUGUCUUGACCUUUAAGAAAAAUGCUAUUGUAAACAGUCCCAAAUAGGGAAAAUGUGUGUUUAUUGUAUUGUGUUUGAUUAGUUUGUUUUUUGGAAUUUACUGUGGUUUCACGAGACAGCAUCAGUCAUGAUGUUUUAUUGUAAAUGUUUUUCACACGGUUACAGAAAGCUGAAUGUUGAAUGGGAUGAAUGUGAAAAAUUCAUGACCUACCAGAAGGUGAUUCUUAAACAAGUUUGAGAAGUUAAAAACAGCUUUUGCAAUUGGAACAUGAACUGCUCUCUGGAAUUCUUGAUUCUGAUUGGUUAAUCACCGGAUUUAGCAUUAAAGGUUCACCUCUCAAAAAAAAAAAAUACUGUCAUUAUUUACUUACCCUCAAAUGUUUUCAAAUUGUUUUACUUACAUUCAAAUUGAAAUCCUUUCUUCUGCUGAACACAAAACAGACAUUUUGAAAAAUGUGGGUAACCAAAGAGUUUCUGGUCCAUAGUAUAAAAAUAAGAAGCCAAUGAUUUGGUUAACCACAUUCUUCAGAUUAUUUCUUUAUAUUAUACAUACUCCUUCAUACUCAGGAAAUAAAUGCCUUGGAGAUGAUACAACAUUACUGUACAUAUUCCUACUUACUUGAUGUUUCUGAGCAGGGUCAGAAAUAAACUGGAGCACCAAUUCUAUAGACCGGCAUUCAAAAUUUGUGGUCAAAAAAUGAUCAUGUAAUGAAUAUCUUUGGAAUCUGUGACAAUUUGAAACACGUGUCUUGCACCAAAAUCACAACAUUGCUGUGGUGUUUUUAAUCUGCUACCAUUUAUACAGUAGUGAGUUGUAUAAUAUAACAUGGGGCCAGUCAGUUAUUAUUAAAUUAGUAUCAAUAAAUGUUUAUAAUG